CACGUUGGACGUGGGGCUGCCCCGAGGAAAGGCCACUCCCUGGCCCCAUAAUGCACUGCGGGCGCGUCACUUGGAGCGGCGGGUCUCGGCUCGGCAGUUUCCUGGAUCAACCUCUUGGGGGCAGUUGGAGAGCUUGAGAACCAGUCCCUCCUAUGCCUGUACAGCCAAGGCAAAGUCCAGGGCUAAAGUGUCAGCCACCAGACGCAAGAUGUUGUAAUCCCAUCUAACAGGUCUUCUCUGCUGGUUGAAAUGUCUAUGAUUUUAUCCGCAUCAGUCAUUCGUGUCAGGGAUGGGCUGCCACUUUCUGCUUCUACUGAUUAUGAACAAGGCACAGGCGUGCAGGAGUGCAGGAAGUAUUUUAAAAUGCUCUCGAAGAAACUGGCUCAGCUUCCUGAUAGAUGUACACUGAAAACUGGACAUUAUAACAUUAAUUUUAUUAGCUCUCUGGGAGUGAGCUACAUGAUGUUGUGCACUGAAAAUUACCCAAAUGUUCUGGCCUUCUCUUUCCUGGAUGAGCUUCAGAAGGAGUUCAUUACUACUUAUAACAUGAUGAAGACAAAUACUGCUGUCAGACCAUACUGUUUCAUUGAAUUUGAUAACUUCAUUCAGAGGACCAAGCAGCGAUAUAAUAAUCCCAGGUCUCUUUCAACAAAGAUAAAUCUGUCUGACAUGCAGAUGGAAAUCAAGCUGAGGCCCCCUUAUCAAAUAUCCAUGUGUGAACUGGGGUCAGCCAAUGGAGUCACAUCUGCAUUUUCUGUUGACUAUAAAGGUGCUGGUAAGAUUUCUUCUGCUCACCAGCGACUAGAACCAGCAACUUUGUCAGCAAUUGUGGCAUUUAUCCUCAGUCUUUUAUGUGGAGCUCUGAAUUUAAUUCGAGGUUUUCAUGCCAUAGAAAGUCUUUUGCAGAGUGAUGGUGAAGAUUUUAAUUACAUUGUUGCAUUUUUCCUUGGAACAGCAGCCUGCCUUUACCAGUGUUAUUUACUUGUCUACUACACCGGCUGGCGGAAUGUCAAAUCUUUUUUGACUUUUGGUUUAAUCUGUCUGUGCAACAUGUAUCUCUAUGAACUGCGCAACCUCUGGCAGCUUUUCUUUCACGUGACCGUGGGAGCGUUUGUUACACUACAGAUCUGGCUAAGGCAAGCCCAGGGCAAGGCUCCUGAUUAUGAUGUCUGACACCAUCCUUCAGACAUACUGCCUUGGCUUCUGGGGAAAAAGGAGGGAGUAUAUUUAACUGCCACUGUGAUGAAGAAACUGUUCACCACAAUCAAGAAGCUCUGCUUUCUUUUUCUCCAGCUAUCCUUUUUGUUUCAAGUCAGCAUGGCAUGCCUGGGAGCAUAUAGUACCUGUUAGGCAAACUUCAUAUUGCCGUGAGAUUAUUAUUCAGAGGAAGAGACUUCUCUCUCCAGGGCCAUGACAGUGGAAGAACAGUCAGAUGCCAUUGGAAGACUUGGCUAGCAGUCCUGAAUCCUUCUGAAGAGUUCAAUCAAAAAUGUAUGUGGUACAUGCUCUGAGGACCGAGUGGGAACUCUAUGACCUGGGUUCGCCUUUAUGAGGCAUGAGUAUAGCCCAAAUAAAAAGAUGCCACAAAGUUUAUAUUUAAAACAACUUGCUAAAUAUCAGAUUAUUUGCACAUUUAAGGUACCAUGAGUUUAUGAAGUCUAGGAUGGUGUGGAAUUGGUUCUUUUCGUCUUAUAUUUUUGCUUGAAUCUAAACUCUGGAAAUCACUUGAUGUAUGAGAAAGCUGUUAUAAGCGCAUCUUUCGAACAUCACAAGUACUGAAAACACAGUAACCUGUUUCCUUUCUAGACCAUGUUUGUAGUUUCUUUUGAAAUCACUUUUAAAAAAUGUGGUUUGUUAAAUUAUAACCAUUGUUUCCCAAACUUCAAUCACUUAAGUAUUAUAUAUAAGUAUUAUUUCUUAAUAUUAUCUUUAAAUUUUAAAAUAUUGUAAAAACAAACUAAUCUCUACUCCAAGAGGAAAACCGGCAUCAAUUUACCAUGAAUAAAGGGUAACAACAAAAUAAAAUUAAAACAAGAAAUGUUAUUAAAUUCUAACUAGAUACUAAUGUCUGCUAAGGUGUUGAAUCCAAGAAGCCUGCUGUGUGUUGCAGUGAGAGAGAUGUUACCCAGCACCAAAAUGGGGCUCUCUCUGUGGGAUUAUGAGAAGAAUGAAAGAGAAUUGUAAAGGGAAUGACAUUCUCACUGUGAUUCUGCAUUAUUUAGCUCUGUGUUGUAUACCACCUAAAAUCCUCCUGUGUGCUACCAACGGUGUGGGUCCGGAACACUGAACUUGUACUAAGAGAAUCAGAAGGUAACUUCUCCCAGCAACUCUUAUUAUUUUAUGGCUUUGAGGAGUUCUGCACCUAAUUUCUUAGAGAACUCGUUUGUUUUUUCAUAACAUUAUAAAGAUUGUUCAAGAGGUUAUGAAUUAAUAAUAUAGGAAGCACGAUUUGAUUCCAUUAGCAAAAAUCUACAUCUCUACUGGUUUUGCAAGUUACCUUCAUUAAUGAUUUUCUUUUGUUUUUAGAGAAAAGAUUCCAAACAAGGAAUACAUAAGGAAUACGAAUUUAAAAUUUGAUAUCCAGAAAACAGUGGACCCAUUACAUAUAACUCAUGUUACUGGGCAUAUUUAUUAAGCAGAAGAAAUAGUCCGGAGGGGUAAAGUCGUUGAACUACCAUGUUUGUUUGAACCUGUAUAUGUAGGCAUGCCUGCAACUAACUGUAAAAUCUUACUAGCUAGAACUUUUUGCUGCACUCCCUUUUUAGGAGAAUGAGGCAAAAGGAAGACAAUAAGCUUGUAAUGUCAGGGAUUUAUUUAAAACCGGAAACUCCAGUUCACUUCAGUUUUCUGCCUCUAACAAAACUGCAGAGAAAUUAUAUAUAUUCUGAGAGCUGCCCCAAGAUAUACCACAUGAUCCUGACUCAUCAAAAUAAAACUGUUUGGCAUUUUAUACUUUUGAGCCAGGAGAGUGAAGUGGUUCAGUGUGGAAAGAUUUUUCUGAACUAACUGUUAAAACAAGAGGAGUUCUCUUGUAAAUAGCCAAUUAACCAAGAAGUUGGAGCAUUCUGGUUAAUUGUGAUUUUGCUAUAUAUUGAUACUUAAUAGCUCUCUUACCAGUUUGGUUCACUUUGGUUUUCCUUUAUCAUUGAAUUAUUGAAUUAUGGUGUUUGGUGUUUUGGAUCAGUCAGCAAAGACACUUGAAAACUCACCAGCUGUUUAAUUUUUUUUUUUGCUUUUGUUUUGUUUUUUUCUAUUUUUGGAUAAUGGGAUGUUUACAUAUUAAUGUAAAAACUGAAAACAGGUAUAAAUAAUGUUUUAUGUAUAGAAAUGCUUUUUUUUUUCAUUAUUUGGUAUCUGCGUCGCUGAGUGUUUAUAUAACUUCUCUGCCCUUUCGUGUUGUUGCCAAAGAAACUGAAUUUGGAAUGAAAAAUUUUUACCGUGAGUAUAACGUUUUUAAGCUCAUUAGGCUUCUAAUGUGUAUGAUAGUAAUACCGCACUGUUACUUCUAAGAGCAGUUCCGCAUUUACCUAAUCAUAAUGAGUUUUGUCAUGGAGGCUGAGAAUUAGUUGUCCUCUUGUUAUGAAGGAGGAAACUGAGGUAAUCAGAUGUUAAUGACUUAUGUAGGGUUACAGAGCUAAGCACAUACAACUCCUAAUCCCUUAGCCUUGGGGCCCUGCCUCCCCAGAGUGGGGACUGAUGAAGAUAACUAGGGUUGCACUCAGGAAAUAGAUCUGUUCUUGGUAAAAUCAGGGAAUUGGGAACUUAAUGAGCUCAGGCCUGCUAGUGUCAAAUAUAGGUGUGUAUUAAGGUGACUCUGAAAUACUGCUCUUUUAUUAAGGUGUUCUAAAAGUAAUUACAGUAUUUGCUUACGAUA